AAAUGCUCUCAUGGAUAAGAAUAGAAAAAUCAACAUGGCAAUGGUAUUGAUAUAGUGAUUGAAAAAGUCCAAAAGUUUCACAAUUAUAUUGUGAGCCAAGACAAUCUCCCAAAGACAAAAGGGCAACCUUAUCUUGAACAACAAAUAUCUCAUCCAUUAGUUAUAGGUGUCCUAUUCCUAUUCUAUAAGUUCGAACCAAACUUCCUCACAAGAUUAACUGAACUCAAUAGGUCACUAACAAUACCCUUCAAAAUGCAGACAGCUCUAACCUUUGCAACCACUACCUUUGUGCCUUUGACAACAUCAAAGAGUGUCUCACCUCUUACAACUAGUUUCCCUACCAAAUUGAUUGCCUCACCCUCACGUGGCUCUCCACCUCGUUACACUGCAAUCAAAGUUGCAAAAGACAACUCUGAACCUUCAACAGUCAAUUACAACUCUGCAUUCUCAGUGUUUCCAGCUGAGGCAUGUGAAACAGUUGGAGGAGAUGCCUGUUUAGCAGACAUGUAUCCUGAAGUGAAGCUGCAACCUGAAGCAAAGAAGGACACACCAAAAGCUGCAACUUCAGAGAACACUGAGAGAGAGUAUCUUGAAUAUAGUGACCCUAAAACGGUUUUCCAAGCAGAGGCUUGUGAUGAUCUUGGAGGAGCUUUCUGUGAGCCUGAUUAUCAAAAGGGUGUCUACUAGAAGAAAUGGAAAAACCCUCUUACUGUUAUGAAUAUUGAGCACUAUGUUGUAGCUUUGAAUGUACAUACAUAAUAAUGAGUUGUGUUAUUUAAAUGUGAAAAUACACAUUUUAUGUAA